AUGCCAAAAUUUCUGUUCGUCGUUCGCCCAGGCGACCUCACCUACUACAUCAGCACCUUUCGCCGCCAACCCUUUUGCCCUUUCCUCUUCAUCAACACAUCCCAUAUUUCCCGUCUUUCCAACCAAAAAAUGCAUUCCAUCCGUCGCGCGGCCACCCGCGCCACCUUGACCAGCUCGGUCUCCGCCGCCGCUGUUGCGCCCAAGUCACAGACCAUCUCGUCCGCUCUGCGUGCCCUCAACGCCGCCGCCAUCUCUGCCAGAUACUUCUCCGUCGCUGCCCCCAGGGCGUUCUCCCGUUCCGUUGCGUUCCGCGACGAGCAGCAGUACCAGCAGGAGGAGGGCUCCCAGGCACCUCGCGAGCAGAGACAGCCGCGUCAGGACCCCAGCGAGCACGUCCUCUUCGUCCAGAACUACUCCUUCGACGUCAAACCCGAUGACCUGAGCGAGGCGUUUUCCAAGUACGGUGAGGUUGUUGGCGUUUCGAUGCCGCCCAAGAGAACUUUCUGUUUCGUCUACUUCAAAGACGCCGAGUCUGUCAUCACGGCCGCCGAGAACGUCGACGGAACCUUCUGGCACGGCCGCCGCAUCGUCGCCAAGCCCCGUCCGGCCGGUGAGCGUCCCCAGGGCGGCAGAAGGGACAGCGGCGACAGGGGAGACGGCCGGCCCGCCCGCGUCAACCGGGCCUACGACGGCCCACCGACUAACACGCUGUACGUUGGCAACAUCGCCUUCGAGGCGUCGGAUGCGGACCUGAACAACCUCUUUGCCUCGCUCAAGGACGUCACGGACGUGCGUGUCGCCGUGGACCGCGCGACGGGCUGGCCGCGCGGCUUCGCGCACGCCGACUUUGCCAGCAUCGAGUCCGCUGCGGUUGCCAUUGAAUCGCUCAAGGGUGCCCAGAUCCGCGGCCGUGACCUCAAGGUCUCGUUCGCGCCGGCGACCAAGGAGACGGGCCGGAAGGACCGCCAGAACCGCAAGGGCCGGAAUCCCCGUGAGCGCGAGCGUGGCAACAACAGGUCGCGUGACUACAACAAUUCGCAGAAGGAGGUUGAGGAGCGCGUCGAGGUGGAGCACGAACAGGCCGAGGAGGCGCAGAAGGAGCAGAAGCCCGAGGCUGGCAAGCAAGACAUGAACUGGAACGCCUAA